GUGAUAUGCCCGCGCUUUAUUGGUUUGUUAUCUCUUAUCAAUUUUUGACAAAACAAAACUUGAAACACGUGCACAGUGGCCGAGCCGAGAGCAAGAUUGUCAAGACAUUUGUGCAUUAAGCAUUUACCAUUGGACAUUGACCAUAGAGUAUAGACAAGUAUGACAAUUGACAAUCUACAGCCGACAGUCGAUGUCCGUUAUUUGUUUAGAAACAAUUCACAUGACUUGGAUGGAUAUUGCAAAAGACAACUAACAAGUGAGUUGUUAGAAUUGUAAUUUCUCAGAAGAAGUUUGUCAGAGUCUGGACCGAAGAAUAUAAUAUCGCCAUGGCUUUAUUGAGUGGAAUCUGGAACUGGAUUAGUGGAAAACAAGACAUACCGGAACUCCCUUCUAACAUACUUUUUGAAAAAGAUGUAACAUCGGACAAUGACUUUUGGAUUUCAUGUAUUUUGGACCCAACGUUAGAAAUCAAGUAUGUUAAUGGUAUUGUAACGCGACUGCUUGACACCGACAAAUGUUUAAUCGACGAAAAAUAUCAUUAUCAGCCUAAAACUGAUAAAGAAAUCCGUAACUUUCCUUAUAUAGAAGUUAAAAGUCCGGUCAGAAUAUCAUUGUAUAGAAAAAAAAAUUCAAACGAAGAAUGGAAAGUCGCUAGUUGUUUUUUAUCGAAAGAAGGACCCCACACUCAAGCGACCAGAUUUGGUGCUCAUAAAUCAGUUUUUGUGGAGUCUGAGGAGCCUACCUCAACAUUCACCAACAAAGACAAUAGUGACGAUAACAAAGCAGAUGAAAGUCUAAUUACAAUCGAAGUUAUUGGCGACAUACCAAAAAUCAUUGGUUUUGAACAAGUAUCGACAGUACAGAUACUAUUUAGAAAUAAUAGCUACGCAGAAAAACGAAAAGUGCUCGACUAUCGAACAGAGCCUGGAAAUAAGACUCAGCUAUCAAUUAUUAGUAAACCCAAGUUACCAGUUACACUUGACAUUCAAUCUCAAUAUACUUUUGAUAUAAACUUGGAAGGAAAAUUCCUAGGAAGAUCUACAGAAAAAGUUGAAUUUGUUUUUGAAGACAUAAUUUACAAAAUAGGCAUAAACAUCGAAGUAGUGGAUUCAAGAGUUAUUGUUCCAACAGACACUAGAAGUUUUAAAAGACACCAAGUUGAUAUGCAGAAAUUACUUGAAAUGAAAAAUGAAUAUUUUGUUCCCGGGAUUCGUCCGGGGAAACGUGCCCAAUUUUCUAGAGUUAAAAUCGGUCAAUGGACCAUAAGUAAUCAGUUGAACAAAUGUUAUUGGACUAACGAAGGAAAAUAUAAUUUCAAUAUCAAUGAAGUUAAAGAUAAAAUUAGUAACCUGUAUCCCGCUGCUUUUGAGUCGCUUUGCUAUUCAAAUUAUAAAGCGAAAUUCCACACACUUUUAUUCAUGGAAGAAAUUGAAAUUACUAUUGCACUCCAGAAGUACUCACAGGAAAGAAUUCAUUUUGAACAUUGUGGUGAAUUUUUAUCGUUAACUAUACCCAAUCUCUCUGAGCAACGGCCUUCGUUAAUAAGUGGAGAUUUUGCUGCAGUAACAGAUCCACCAAAUUGUACUAAACUAUUAGACGGCAACAAUGGACGUUACGAAGGUCUCAUUCACAAAGUUACAGCUGACACGAUUAUGUUAAAAUUCGAUCCAGAGUUUCACAGCAUUUGCGGCAACUACGACUUCAGCGUGACGUUUUUCCAUUCCCGGACAAUAUAUCGAAAACAACAUGAAAUUAUCAAUGAAGUGUGGAGAAAAAGUAGUUUGGGCGAAGCCUUUUUAUUCCCGUAUAAGGAAAGCAUGGAAUAUCAGCCACCUAAAAUAAUAAUGGAAAAUAAUAAAAAAGAACAACAAGAGAAUGGGCAGUGGAAUGAAAAUUUAAAUUCUGAAAACAAGCUGUUGCCUAAGCCAAAAGUUAUUUGUGAAAUUCGGUGGUUUAACAAAAAAUUAAACUCCGAACAAAAAUGUGCUGUAAUGAACAUUCUUAAAGGUGAAGGACGACCAAUGCCCUAUGUCAUAUUCGGACCGCCCGGUACAGGGAAAACCAUAACAUUGACUGAAUCAAUAAUCCAAGUUUAUAAAGAACUUUCCAGGAGCAAAUUACUGGUAUGUGCUCCAACAAAUUCUGCAGCAGACUUAUUGCUAAUUAAACUAGUGGAAACUGGAUUGUUUGACGAAACUAUAAUGAAACGUUUAAUCGGCUAUAAUUAUUUUAUGACUUCGAAUUACACUGAAGAAAUCGACAAAUAUUGUUAUUUACCCGACAUGGAGAAUGCAUGCAACAAUACUUGUUCACCAGAUGUAAAGACAAUCAAUAAAAAUGAUAUUCUUAAACUGAAAGUAGUCAUUACCACCGCUGGGUCGGCUGGUAUGUUGUACAUGAUGGGCAUUCGAAGUGGAACGUUCACACACAUAUUUGUCGAUGAAGCCGGACAAAUGACUGAACCCGAAAUAUUAUUGCCGCUUUCUUUUCUAGAUCCUUUCCGAGACGGACAAGUUGUUUUGGCCGGUGAUCCUAAACAGCUGGGACCCGUUGUUAUGUCAACGUUGGCAAAAAAUUCUGGUCUUGGACAAUCGAUGUUGGCUCGUUUCAUUCAUUACCCGUCGUAUAGUAGAGAUCCGGAUCUUUUCCCUGACAACAAUGGUUACAACCCCAGAGUCAUAACCCACUUGAUUCGUAACUAUCGUUCAUUACCUGAAAUUGUGGACGUUUACAAUAAAAUGUUUUACGACUCAUUACUUGUAGCAACUAAAUUGGAUGAUAAUGUACCGGAAAGAAUAAUGGUUAAUAAUCUAAACGAAAACGCUCAUUGGGGCAUUAAUUGUAAAGGACCCGUUAUAGUGCAUGGAAUCAAAGGUGAAGACUUUCAGGAGCCUUCCAGUCCAUCUUGGUUUAACCCACAUGAAGCUUUUCAAGUGUUAUUAUACACUACCAGAUUACUCAAAGCUGGCAUAUCCGCAGCAGACAUUGGAAUAAUCAGUCCGUAUUGUGCUCAGGUGUGCAAGAUCAACGAGUUGUUGAAAAUGUAUCAUCCAGAUAUCGAAUUACCCAAAGUGGGCACUGUUGAAAUGUUUCAAGGUCAAGAGAGAAUGGUCAUAAUCAUAUCUAUAGUCAGGAGUACAUCAAAAGCUGGAAUUGAGAAGGACAAAAAAUUUAGUCUGGGUUUUUUCGGUUCCAAGGAACGUGUCAAUGUUUCUUUGUCGAGAGCUAAAGGGCUAUUGAUUGUUAUUGGAAAUCCAUCUAAUAUGUUAUCAAAUACUUUUUGGAAGAAAAUACUAAACCAAGCAAUUGCAAAUCAAAAUUACGUUGGAUGUAACAUAUCAGAAUGGUCGGAAAAUGACAUUAUAAAAGUUCCUAACAAAGAAUAUAAUUUAAACAACUAAUUUUAAGUGUUAACAAUGUUUUAUUAAGUAUCAAGUAUUUUAAUGUCAAACUAAAAGUAAAAAUGUUUCACAGCCAAUCAAUAUAGUAUGUACAUAUUUUGUUUUAUUUUUAAAUAUGAUUUCUCGCAUCAUGUC